ACUCGUCCUCUGGUAGCCUACGUAGUCGUGACACACCUGGCUAGGACACACAUAGCUGUCGCAAGCAGUCCGACAUCAUUUCUGUCAACCCACCAAGUUCAAGAAACCUCGCAGAUGUGUCCGAAAAUGUUCACGAUCCUCUAUUCAACUUGAAUUUUAACAUGAUUUGAUUACAUAUUACACGCGCAAUGACUGUUCCAUGGAGUUUGCUAACGAUUCUGAGUUUGGUGCACCACACGGAAUCGAGGUGUUCGCCGACUACUUAUUAUAAAAACUGUUGGAUUCGUCAGUACCCUGGUAUAUUCAUCGACAUUGAGGAAUCUCAGAGAAGAGGCGCUCAACUUCUGAAGUAUUACCAGGAAGAGACAGCUCUGAAAUGCAGCCGAACCUGUUGCCUUACGAGAAAUUUUUCUUGUAACCUGGCGAUAUUCCACUAUGACACCAUCCAAGAGAAUGUGAACUGUUUUCAUAUGCACUGUCCAACAUUGGAGAGCUGCAUCCUAAGCUACAGAGGCAACGUCAUCCUGUACAACAUCACCAAAGGUGUGGAUCCAGACCUGUUGGUGUUUGGAAAGUACUUCACCUCCAACGUGCGGGUGUUACCCCACCUCUACACUAGAGUCAACGCCUCAGAGCCCCUAGCCUCAGACAAGCGCCAGUUCAACCGGCCACCCGUCCCCCCUGUCCAGCCUCUAACCAUAGCCCCUACUACCAGGAUCCCCACCACCACCACCACCACCACCUCACUCCAGAGCCCUACUCUGGGCACUACUCAUUCCCCCGUCACAUCCACCCCCUCCUCCACCAUAAUGCCCACCCUGGGAACCCAGGCCCCCACCACCACUCCCCCGACCCCAACCACGACUGCCCCUGCCCCCUACACCACCCAGACCAUCCCUGCCUAUCCAUCAACCCACAGAGAAUCAACUACCACCCCACAUCCCACCACACCUACCCAGCAGCCCACAUCCACAGCCAGGAUGGCCACCACCACCAGUCCACCGACAUCCCUGGCUCCUGCAGCCAACGUGGAUGGCAGUAACAAGCAGGACCUCAACGACACCAAGGGCUACGUGGGCAGGAACCAAACAGCAGCCGCAGGGGGAGAAGGCGACCAGGGUAGCCAGGGCGGGGUGGAGUCCCCCUCACCCGGUGGUUUGGGCCCAGGAUGGCACGUAGCGGCACACACCCUGCUGGUUGCCGCGGUGACGGUCGUCACGGUGCUGCUGAGCUGCUGCUGUUCCGUGCUGCUAGUGGUGAGCUGGAGGGGUCGGAGGAAGAGGAAGGGGCGGUACAGGACCACCUGGAGGGGGAAAGGGGGGUCCAUGCGCCUCAUUAAGUAUGCCAUUGUCAGGGAGAGCUCGUGAGGUAACCAUGGGGAUCAGAACAGGGACUAAGAAAGCUUUUACAGGGAACUGCACUGUAAAAGUAAAAGUAGUGCUAGUCCACUAGAGAAGUAAUGUUUACAUCAGAAACAAUCCAGAAUUUAGCAAAGGGACCUGCCACCAACCUGCGAAUGUUGUUUUCCUCUCUCCAAACUAAAUCUGUGUGUGUGUAGUCUGGAAAAACCACUGAAACUGAAAAGCAAAGAUCGGGAACCAUCACUGGUGUAAAUAGUUUUUUUUUAAUGCAGCUGUUAUUUUUCCCCCCAUUCUGACAUGUUCAGUAUCAUCUUACUUAUGUAUAUACUUUCGUGGUUUUGAAAAGAUGAGCUGCAUGGAGCAUAUUUGAGAUUCCGUAGACCUGGUAGAGAAUGAAUUGAAGUACAUGCCAAAACUGUGAGACCAAAGUUGAUGCGAGGAUUGUGGUUAAUACUGAUGUCAUGGCUUGAGACUGACAGUAACUGCUGAUGCAUUUGUAGGUCAUUUGCCUAAAGAAAGAUACCGUGCGUCCUUUUGGCAGACCUACAUUUUGAUGCGGUCGAACGAAAUCAAACCGAUAUUGAUGCCAAACUCCAUGGACAGUGUCUGCUCUGCUUUAAGUGCAACGAUGGGGGCUUCCAAGCAAGAAAAGCUGCUGCAACAAGCCAAGUUUUGUUCUGAGGCAGUAAGAUGCUAAAUGGACUGUGGUGUAUGCAAGUGGAGGUGUAUCUUAGGCUCAGACCCAUCUUGCCACCGCUCCUCUCUCCUUCAGAACAUCUUUCCUGCGCAUCGGGUUUCCCCUGACCCAGAAUCACAUGGACCAGAGCAGGAACUCUUUUGAAGGGUUUGGUGAUUUCUUUUUUUUAAAUGGCCCAUUGCUGAAUGUGUCCUUUCAGAACGGUGCUUCUCUUUGUCCCCCUGGG